AUGGAGCGCCUCAGCAUGGACAUGACCACCACCGCCAACAAGAAGCCCAGCCUCGUCAAGGGCAACAACACGCUCUACCAACUGCAGCUGAGCUGCACGCCCGUGCAGGGCCAGCCAACGUCCUGGACCGUGUCGUGCACCUUCGACGAGUACCGCUCGCUGCAGCGGCGGCUGGUGAAGGCGCUGCGGCCCGGCCACAAGUGCAACGCCGAGUGCAAGUGGCUCGUGAACGUCAUCAAGAAGCACUUCCCCAAGGCCUCGCUCUUCUGCAAGAACUACCCCAGCACCGUCGAGAGCCGGCGGCUGUCGCUGCUGCGGCUCAUGACCACCGUCAAGGCUUCGCUCGUCAACCACGGCAACGUGGGCUGCGCCAUCUUCCGCGACCACGUGAGCGAGGAGUUCGCCGCCUUCUUGGUGGGCGACUGCAAGGACGCCGAGGACGAGCUCACGGCGUCCGCGGUGUCGUUUACCUCGGACGAGGAGAACCUGGUGCUGGACUUCGAGUUCGACGACGACUUCGCCGACUUCGAGUGCGGCCUGUGCGGGCUCAGCCUGGACGCCGUGGAGGAAGGAGAAGCCACGUGCAUGACGCCGUACUGCACCACAGUCACGUUUGAGUGCGGCCACCAGUUCCACGACCUGUGCGUGCUGCCUCGACUGGACGAGGAGGCCAAGUGCCCGCUGUGCAAGUAA